GCUACUUGCAUGUUCUUGUUAACCAGUGUUGGAAGGAACGUUGGUGUCGUUUAAAAGGCAACAUGCUUUAUUUCCAUAAGGACCGCACAGAUUUAAGGACCCAUGUAAAUGCCAUUGUCCUGCGGGGAUGUGAGGUGGCACCAGGACUGGGCCCCAAGCAUCCCUUUGCUUUUCGUAUCCUUCGCAAUGGACAAGAAGUAUCUGCCUUAGAGGCAAACAGCUAUGAAGAUCUGGGACGUUGGCUUGGAUUGCUGCUGGUUGAAACUGGUUCCCAGACCACUCCAGAGACCUUGCAUUACGAUUAUGUAGAUGUUGAGAAAAUAGCCAACAUCAUCAAUGCUGUGAGACACUCUUAUAUAUCGGCCAGCUCCUCUCUUGAGAACCAAACAGAGCUAACCCGUGUGUUAUAUGAUGAAGUCCCCUACGAGAAGGUGGAGUCAGAAAAAUCAGGGUGGCCAUCAGGAUCCCAGGUGAAGCGCCAUGGCUCUUCUUGCAGUGAGAAAUCACGUCGUAUAGAUCCACAAGUUAAAGUCAAGCGUCAUGCAUCAAAUGCCAAUAAUUACAAAUACGGAAAGAACCGGGCUGAGGAAGACGCUCGGAGGUUCCUAACAGAGAAAGAUAAGCUGGAAAAGGAGAAGGCGUCCAUUAGAAAUGAGCUUAUUGAGCUGCGUAAGGAAAAGCGGGAACUACGGGAGGCCAUGAAGAACAAAUCAGGGAAAGACUUGAAGGAGCUGGAACAGCGUGUUGCAGCCUUAGAGGAGCAGUGCAAAGCAAAUGAGGCAAGACGGGUAGACCUAGAAAUCAAGCUGACAGAAGUGAAAGACCAGUUGAAGCAGUCACUAGCAGGAGGGCCAGCUCUGGGUCUAACUGUAAACACCAAGACUGAAAACAAGGUAAAGAAAUAG